AUGUACGCUGUUGACGUCACGUUUCAGCAAACCAACGCACCUGCUGGGUCCUUUGCGGAGAAGAAGCUGUACUUCAGCAAAAAGCACGGCCACUAUGGAUUCAAGGUGGACGUCAGUGUGCUGCCCAGUGGUCAUGCUAUCAACGUCACUUCGGCGGCCCCCCGAAGCAUUGCGGACAUUGCAAUCUGUGAGUCCAACAUUGACUUCCACGUGGAGAAACUUGAGAAGACCUCUCACGAUGAGUCGAUGCUUGAUGCUGACCCACUGGUGACCGAGUAUCCUACAGCUUGGGCGCUUUUGGCCGACAAGGGAUACCAAGGAUUGCACCGACGUGUUCGUGCGAUUACUCCGGCGAAGAAGCCAGCUGGCGGCAUGCUGUCCCAUGCUGAACUUGUCCGAAAUGACAAGAUCGCGAGCGACCGUGUCAUUGUGGAGAACUUUUUUGGCCGUCUCAAGACGUUGUGGUCUAUUGCCAGCGACAACAUUGACUAA